GAGAGGGGACCGUGCCUGGGAAGCUGAGGAGUGGGAUGUCCCAGGGCUGGGACAGGGCGCACGGUCAGGGACCAGCUGAGUGCCUGUCCCAGCAGAGCAGGGCCCUUUAGUUUUAAUCCAGGGGCUUUUCCCAGUAGAGGCAUGGAGGGGUCUUUGUUGGUGGCUCCUUGCAGACACCUGAAUGCUGCAGGUGGGGUGAGCACGAGGGGUGCUCCAGGACGCACAGCCAGCCAUAGGUGCUGGCACAGAGCAGGGCAGAGAAAGGCCAGGGACAGCUGGAGAAAGUGGUUUUCUCUUUUGGCACAGCAGAGCCGGGAAGAGCAUGGCUGCCACCAAGCUCAGCCUCCUUGACUCACAGGAGCUGACUCAUGGGCUCAGGGAUGAGAAGCCUCCGGCAUCGCUGCCAGCGGGGCUGGCACUGGCCCUCCCCAGGCCAGUGGGACAGCGCAGCCUGUGGUGCACACUGAGGCACAGGGGCAAUCCCACUGCCCUUGUCCCCCACAGCCCCCCAGCAUUGUUCCCCAGGCCCCAUGAAAGGGAGGCAAGGCUGGGGGUAAGGGAGUCUCCAGUCUGUGUGCACCGUGAGGCCAUGGCCCAUCCAUCCCCUCAUCCUCUCUCUUCCUCCAUUCCAGCAAGGCAAUGAGCAGAAGACAUGCCACCCCAGCUCGAGCUGCCACGAGUCCAUGCACAAACCCAUGGCCUGAUCCUCAUGGUGCCCCACAGGGAGACGGAUGUGCCCACUGAGGGGAAGGGCACCCGCAUCAUCCCACAUGUAUAUCGGGACAUAAAGGGCUGGGGUGUGCUGGGUGGUGAGAGCAGAGCCCAACAGAUCUUCCAUGUCUGCUACUGCAAGGAGGGGAGACUGAAAUAAAUUCUUCCAUGGCUAUGGUCCACAGGCCAAGAGGGAGAAGCAGGGUGCAGGCUGCAGGCUGUGACACGUGGAAUGCAGGCUGAGGUUGUGGGAUGCAAGAUCUGGGAUGCAGGAUGCAGGUUGCAGGAUGGGGGGUACAGGAUGAAGGUUGCAGGGUGCGGGAUGAAGAACAAAGGAUGCAGGACGUGGGGUGCAGGUUGCAGGACGCAGAAUGAAGGGUGCAGGAGGAAGGACGCGGGACGAAGGUUGAUGGCUGCAGAGGAUGGAUUUCAGAUUGCAGGAUGCAGAAUGAAGGCUGCAGGAUGCGGGUUGCAGGAUUCAGGAUGAAGGCUGCGGGAUGCAAGAUGCGAGCAGCAGGAUGUGGGCUGGGGAUGGCCAGGCGCUCGCAGCCGCUUCCCCACUGCCUGGCACUGUGGCUGGGGAGUUUUCACUGGGAUUUCUCUUCUGGGAGGCCAAAAUUUCAGCAGGGAUGGGGAUUUCCUCAGAUAGCACUGGCAUUUGUGCCAGCCCUCAGCAUGAAGUGGAUGAAGAGGAUCAUGCUGCCAGGCAGGAGGUGCCAUGUAGGUGGGGGGAUGGCCGAAGCAGCGGCCCCCCAUCUCCUCUCCCCACUCCGGGAGGGGGUGACAGGGAUGCCAAGCGCUGUGAGAGGGGCUGGCCGGGCUGCUGCCUGCCCUCCAGGACGCGGGGAGGUUGGAGAUGUCAAAGGAAAAUGCCGGUAAAAGUCAAGGCCACACGUAUGGCCGAGCAGCCGUCCCCAGAGAUGGCCGUGCCAGCCCAGGGGAUGGCUGAGGACAACACUGAAGCCCCUCCACUCCGGGCCACCCGCCGCAGCUCCCAGCCCCCAGCCCGGGGCACUGAGGAAGGUAAAGCCCCGCUCCUGCUCUCCCGCCGCAGCUCCAUCCUCAGCACCCUCCCAGCACCCCUGGCCAGCCGCCGCAGCUCGCUCGGGGCAGCCCCAGGGGGUAGGCGCCCCUCCAUCGGAUGCCCUUGGACGCUCCACAGCCGUGUGAGUUUCUCCGGGCUCCCCCUUUUCCAGCCCAUCCUCAGGACCCUCCUUGAAAACACUUACAAGAUGCAGCCAGACAAAGGCUGCAAGUUCGAGGCAGGGCGAGUGAAGCGGGUGCUGGAGGGGACCCUGGCCAGUGCCCUGGGGACCACGGUCUACAGCCCCCAGGGCAGCGCCCUGCUAGCCCAGAGCCUGGCCGAGCUGCUGCAGAGCCAGGCAAAGGAGGUGGUGCCACCCCGCUACAAGCUGGUCUGCAACGUGCUGCUGGGCCAGCAGGGCCAGCAGAGCCUGCUGGUGGCCAGCCGGGCACUGUGGGACCCCGAGACUGACAGCUUUGCCUCCGCCACCUUCUCCAACGCCUCCCUCUUUGCUGUAGCCACAGUGCACGGGGUCUACUUUGAGUAG